AUGGUGCCGACCUCGCACAGCUGGCUCCUCCUCAGUGUGGUGUUCCUGAGCACCAGGGCUGACAUCACCAUCACCCCAGAGCCGGCCCAGCCGGCCGAGGGGGACAACCUCACCCUGGUCGUCCGCGGUCUCUCGGGGGAGCUGCUCGCCUACAACUGGUACGCGGGGCCUUCGCUCAGCCUGACCUACCUGCUGGCCAGCUACAUUGUGAGCACAGGCGACGAGACCCCUGGCCCGGUCCACACGGGGCGGGAGUCUGUGCGCCCCGACGGCAGCUUGGACAUCCACGGUGCCCUGCCCAGGCACUCGGGCACCUACAUCCUGCAGACUCUCAACAGGCAGUUUCAGACCGAGGUGGGCUACGGCCACGUACAGGUCUAUGAGAUCCUGGCCCCGCCGGUGGUCAUGGCCAACAACAGCAUGGCGCUGGUGGAACACCGAGACACCCUUCGUCUUCUGUGCAGCAGCCCCAGCCCUGCCAACGCCCGCUGGUUCUUCAAUGGCCAGGCCCUGCCUGUGGCCAUCCGCCUGGGCCUGUCCCCCGACGGCCGGGUCCUCACCCGGCAUGGCAUCCGGAGGGAGGAGGCGGGGGCCUACCAGUGUGAGGUCUGGAACCCGGUCAGUGUCAGCCGCAGUGAGCCCGUCAACCUGACCGUGUACUAUGGCCCAGAACGUGUGGCCAUCCUCCAGGACGCCACCACCCGCACGGGCUGCACCAUCAGAGUGGACUUCAAUACAUCCCUCACCCUGUGGUGUGUGUCCCGGUCCUGCCCGGAGCCCGAGUAUGUGUGGACCUUCAAUGGGCGGACCCUCCAGAACGGCCAGGACCACCUCAACAUUACUGGCAUGACGGCCGCCCAGGAGGGCACGUACACGUGUAUUGUGAAGAACCCCAAAACCCUGCUCUCUGGAUCUGCUUCCGUGGUGGUCAAGCUCUCUGCGGCCGCAGUCGCCAUGACAAUUGUGCCUGUGCCCACCAAGCCGACAGAGGGCCAGGACGUGACCUUGACCGUGCAAGGCUACCCCAAGGACCUGCUGGUCUAUGCCUGGUACCGAGGGCCUGCCUCCGAGCCCAGCCGGCUGCUGAGCCAGCUGCCGUCGGGGAACUGGAUUGCAGGCCCCGCGCACACAGGCCGCGAGGUGGGCUUCCCCAACUGCUCGCUGCUGGUGCAGAAGCUGAACCUCACGGACGCUGGCCGCUACACGCUCAAGACCGUCACCCUGCAGGGCAAGACCGAGACGCUGGAGGCGGAGCUGCAGGUGGCCCGGGCUCGCUCAGCGCUCCUCCAGCUCCGAGAAGUUCGGGGCACAGACACCGCUAGGUGGCGCCAGCGCACCGUCAGCGGUGUCUUAGGGCAGAAACGCGUGCUCGGGCCCAGGACCUGGCGGAACUCGCCAACCACCGCAGACUCUCAGCCAUCAGCACCCUCUCUGCCAGCCCCUGAACGCCCCCUUUGGGCCAAGCGUGGACGCUCCUCUCCCCAGGCCUACAAGGGCCCAGACUCUGCAUCACUGGCCACAGAGGACACACCACAGCCCUCCCCUGGGUUUAAGGGUCCCUCAGAGGAGAGGACCCGGAGGCAAUUCCGAGAGGCCCAGGAGUAG